UGGUGAAGUCAGUUGAAUUUGCUAAGUCAAUCAUCUACAAAAUCAAAAUGCGUGUAUUCUUCCUCGUCGUUCUGCUCGCCUUGGUGGCUCUGGCUGCUGCCCAAGGACGUCGUCCUCCAGGACCUCCGCAGGGAGGUCUGGGACCACUUCCGGGCCCUGGAGGACUCCGCCCGCCGCAGGGACCACCCCAGGGACUUCCUCAGGGACCUCCCCAGGGACUCCCGCAAGGACCUCCCCAAGGUGGCAACUCAUCCUCCUCCGAGGACUCUUCCUCCCAGGAGAGCUCCAACGAGUCCUCCAGUGAGGCGUCCGCCUAGGAACUCGAUCGCCGAGUCCUCCAUGUAAAAACAUUCAAAACUCUUUGAAUAAAGAUAUAUAUUCUGCUUAUUUCAAUACAAA